GCGCCUUUAUCUGGUGUUUUUACACAUUCAACCGUUAACUCGAACUUCCCCAGGGGAGACAGAGGGAAGGAGAGCUGGAUGAAGUCAAGAUUCUAAAGUCAAGUAAGCAUUAGGUUUACUGACACUGAUGUGGUAUGUGAUACUUUGGUAAAUCAACAUGAACCAGUGGCUUGUCAUUUCAAUGUCGGUGACAUUGCUGUGGAGUCUACAAGCAACGUUUACUGAAACACAUGAUGUGGUGUGUCUUGGUACCCAGAAUGGACUGAGCUCCACAGGCUCUCAGGAGAAUCAAUACAAUCUGAUCAAGGAACGCUACGACAACUGUGAAAUCAUCAUGGGAAACCUGGAAGUCACACAGAUUGAGAGCAACUGGGACUUGUCUUUCCUUAAGACAAUCCGUGAAGUGACUGGCUACGUGCUCAUCGCCAUGAAUCACAUUCAGGAAAUUCCCCUUGAGCAACUGCGGGUCAUCAGAGGAAGCAGCCUUUAUGAAAGGCGCUUUGCCCUUUCUGUUUUCUUCAACUAUCCCAAGGACGGAUCCAAUGGCCUGCGGCAGCUCGGCCUCGCUAAUCUAACAGAGAUUUUGGAGGGAGGAGUUCAAAUAUUUAACAAUAAAUACUUGAGUUAUAGUCCGUGGGUCUACUGGCAAGAUAUAAUCAGGGACGGCAAUGCUCCUGUUGACAUCUACUACAAUGGCCAGAGAGGGCUGUGCCACAAAUCUUGUGGGGAUUAUUGCUGGGGGCCAAAUGAGAACCAGUGUCAGAUCUUGACCAAGAUGGUGUGCGCUCCACAGUGUAAUGGUCGUUGUUUUGGGACGAGCCCCAGGGACUGCUGUCACAUUGAGUGUGCAGCGGGAUGCACAGGCCCUCUGGAUGUGGACUGUUUUGCAUGUCGCCAUUUCAACGACUCCGGAGCCUGCGUGCCUCAGUGUCCGCAAGCUCUCAUCUAUAACAAGCAAACUUUUCAGAUGGAGACGAACCCAGAUGCCAAAUAUCAAUAUGGAUCCAUUUGUGUCUCUCAGUGCCCCACUCAUUUUGUGGUGGACGGGAGCUCCUGCGUGAGCGUCUGUCCUCCAGACAAGAUGGAGGUGGAGAGAGAGGGACACAGACGUUGUGAGCCCUGCACAGGACUCUGCCCGAAAGUAUGUGAAGGCACAGGUGCGGAACACAGGCAGACCGUGGACUCCAGUAACAUUGAUAGCUUCAUCAACUGCACCAAAAUCCAAGGAAGUCUUCAUUUCUUGGUCACAGGCAUUCUCGGAGACGACUUUAAGAAGAUCCCACCUCUGGAUGCUAAGAAGCUGGAAGUGUUCCACACUGUUCGAGAGAUAACAGAUGUCCUCAACAUCCAGUCGUGGCCAAACGAGCUCAGUGAUUUAUCCGUUUUUUCGAGUCUCACCACCAUUCAAGGAAGGUCACUUCACAAGCGCUUUUCCCUGAUGGUGAUGCGCAUCUCCACGCUCACCUCGCUUGGUCUGCGCUCUCUCCGAGAGAUCAGCGACGGCAGCGUGUACAUCAGUCAGAACACCAAGCUGUGCUACCACCACACUGUGAACUGGGCCAAGCUGUUCAGAGGACGUCGGCUGCGAGUCAACAGCAUCAACAGCAACAGGCCACUGGCGGAAUGUGUUGCUGAGGGUCAUGUGUGUGACCCGCUGUGUUCAAGCUCCGGUUGCUGGGGCCCGGGACCUGACCAGUGUCUCUCCUGCCGGAACUACAGCCGAAAUGGCACAUGUGUGGACAGCUGUCAUUUUGAUGCUGGAUCCUCAAGAGAAUUUGCGAGGACUGACGGAGAAUGCGUUUCCUGUCACUCGGAGUGUAAACAUCUGCAUGGGAAGGCCAGCUGCACAGGGCCGGGCGCAUACGAAUGUGCGGCGUGCGCCAACCUUCGAGACGGUCCAUAUUGCAUGUCGUCUUGCCCUGCUGGGGUGAACGAUGGCCAGCGAGGGCUCAUCUUCAAGUAUCCCAACAAGGAAGGUCACUGUGAACCAUGUCACCAAAAUUGCACCCAAGGGUGCACAGGCCCAGGACUCAGUGACUGUUUGGAGACGGUGAGGCUGGCUGCUAGCAGUGGCCAGAUCACAGGCAUCGCCUUAGGUGUGCCAGCUGGCUUGAUAUUCUGCCUGGUGUUGUUUUUCUUGGGCGUGCUGUACCACCGAGGGCUGGCCAUCCGCCGCAAGAGAGCCAUGAGGAGGUACCUUGAGAGCGGAGAGAGUUUUGAGCCACUGGGUCCCGGGGAGAAAGGAACCAAGGUUCACGCCCACAUCCUGAAGUCAUCGGAGCUAAAAAAGCUCAAAGUCCUCGGUUCUGGUGUCUUUGGCACAGUACACAGGGUACCAAUUUCUUGUCGUUUGGAGAAAUGUCUGAUGAAUGCAGACUAUAGGUAUGCAGCUGCAUGUUUGCAUUUUCAAGGGGGUUUGGACUCCAGAUGGAGAGACGGUGAAGAUCCCGGUGGCCAUCAAGACGAUACAGGACAGCUCAGGCCGCCAGACCUUCACGGAGAUAACAGAUCACAUGCUGUCCAUGGGCAGCCUGGACCACCCCUACAUCGUGAGACUUUUGGGCAUCUGUCCGGGGUCCAGUCUGCAUCUGGUCACCCAGCUACGUUCAUUGGGUUCCUUACUGGAGCACAUCAGGCAGCACAAGAACAGCCUGGGCCCCCAGCGCCUGCUCAACUGGGUAUGUACUACCUCGAGGAGCACCAUGUGGUACACAGAAACCUGGCGGCACGCAACAUCCUACUGAAGAACAACUACCAGGUCCAGAUCUCGGACUACGCCAUAGCAGAUCUCCUUUCCCCUGAUGACAAGAAAUUCAUCUACACAAACACCAAGACUCCGAUCAAAUGGAUGGCUCUUGAAAGCAUCUUGUUUCGAAGAUACACUCAUCAAAGUGACGUGUGGAGUUUUGGAGUGACAGUAUGGGAGAUGAUGUCUUUUGGGGCGGAGCCUUACGGGUCGGCACAGGCCCAGGAGGUGCCAUGUCUGCUGGAGAAGGGUGAACGUCUGUCGCAACCUCACAUCUGCACCAUCGACGUCUACAUGGUCAUGGUCAAAUGUUGGAUGAUCGAUGAAAAUAUAAGGCCCACCUUCAAAGAGCUGGCAAGUGACUUUACACGCAUGGCAAGAGACCCACCCAGAUACCUUGUGAUCAAGCUGGACGGAGAGGACAAUAGCUCGCGGGAUGCCCAUCGGAGCGAUUCUGAACGAGGGCUGCUUCACUCAGAUUUGGUGGACGAUGAUGAGGACGCCCUGGAGGAAGGUUUUGCCACCCCUCCUCUGCAACAUUCGCCUUCAUGGAGUCUCUCUCGCUCAAGGAUGAACUCGUACAAGAGCGGCACCUCUCACGUCGGACCUGUUGGAUACCUGCCGAUGACUCCAAGUCCUGCAGAAAGCGUCCGUCAGUUGCGCUUCCAAAGGUUCCGCCGAAGCUCGGUCCGAACGCUGCCUGAAAGGUCAGAGGUCAAAGGGUGUGGCAGGGAGGCACAGUGGCGUGAUGAAAGCUUCAGGACAGGCGCUCCUCACAGGACACGGCUUGGCUCUGAAAGGGCUGCCCCUCAUGUAUCCAGCGGCAGGCACAGAAAGCUCUCCACGGCAUCCAGUCCAUCUUCAUACAAGGUGUGGACAUCCGGCGAGAAGGAAAUUGACAAAGAGGAGGAGGCGGCGGACGCAGACCACGAUGGUUAUGUCCUUCCUGGAUCACAUAGCACUCCAGAACGAGCUGCAAAAGUCACCCUACGAUUGGACAGGGUGAAAAAUUUGGCUCUGGAGUAUGAAGUGAUGAGCCACAAAUUUGAUGCUUCUCUUGACUCGGCCGACGACAACUUCUCAUCGCUGGCUCAUGAAACGCCACCUUCUCCAACUGCUGUCACUCUAUUACCAGCCCCUGAGGACACCUUGACGCUGGUUCCAGCCACAGAGAAUCAGCGGGUAAACGACAACUGCGGGGACCAUUUAGCAGACUCCGCAGAGAAAUUUGAGUUGAGUCGGCAGAAGCAGAUCCAAGCUGUGGAGGGCCGUGUGCAGGCACUUCAGGGGAAAGGCAGGUACGAAUAUAUGGACAUUAGACGCUCUGACUCCACCGAGGAAGAGGCGCCGGCGCAGCGGAGAUAUGGGACAUCUGCAUCAGAGCCGGGUGAAACAUGCGAGGAAGAGGACGUUCAAUUAGGAGAUGCACAGCACACAGCUAAUCAACAAACUCUUCCGGGGAAUGUCAGUAGCUUGCAGCAGCCAGAUGUGGUCGCCGAAGAGGGAGAGAGCCAGUACGAGGAGAUGGCUCCGUUUGAAGGCAUAGCCAGUGGGUGGGAGCAGAAGCUGCCAGCAAAGGGUGGGGUGGGCAGCGGCAGGUGCGCGGGGAUCGGGGGAUACAUCAGGGUGUGCGCAGGCAUGGGCGAGCCGGGCAGGAGCUCAUCGUUUGACAACCCCGACUACUGGCACAGCAGACUUUUCCUCAAGCCAGAUGCCGUACGUACGUAAGCAUGUGGAUGCAGUCGAGCGGGUUGUUCUGCAGUGUGUGCUUUGCAAAUAUUUCUUGGUUCCAGCAUGAGGAACUGCACCAAAAGUCAAGUUUCAUUUCUCUGUGUGAUGACACCGAGCAGGCACAGACGAGUGAUUUUGCAGAGAUGUGCGAACAGCAUUUCUGUUCAUUGCCAUUUUUGUGCCUUCCAGUGAAUGAAUGAAUCAUGGCUGUCAUUUUGGAAAUCAUAGAUUGUUUCACUAAUGCUGUACACAACAGGAUGUCAAUGACUGUCUUGUUUUGUUUAGGGUUUUUUACACUCUUUUCCCAUGUGUUUGUUAAAUAAAACUCAGAUAUUGGCUUCCAGAAAAGAAUCGGUCCUUUGAGUUCCUUCCAAAAUGCUAAAUGCAAAAUAAAUGAACCUGAGUUGUUA